AACGUUAGCCUUAGCUAACCUAGCCGCCUAGCUGGUUGGAAAAAUGUCUACUAGCAAAAGAAUAAAGAAGUGAAAGCUCCCAGAGGAACCUAUUGACAAGGUGAGGAAGGUGAGGAAGGUGGCUGGUUAUUACUCUGUAUUCAUAUAUUAAGGAAUACAGGUGGAAUAAUUCUGUGCUUGUGAAAUUGUGUUUAGUCACAUUCCUUUGGGUCUAAGUGGGAGUGGCACGGCCUGUUGCUUUUCUUAAAAAAAUUCUUGAGUCAGAUUUUCACAUACAUUUCAAUGCCAUCAUCUAACAGUUAUACAAGUCUACAUGUACAGCAAAAGUAAGCCGCCUACUUACAUGAUUUGACAGCUCCCUGCACACACCACUAGAGGUCAGUAUCGGCUUUUUAAAGCGUUGUUUCUGAGAGUUGAAGUGAAGUGUGGGAAGCUGAGAAGAGCCGAGGUCAUAAAAAUUAUCAUUUCAAUAAAUCCAUUGAUAAGAGGUAAAUAAAGGAACAGCCCUUCACAUCACGUAAGUUUUACAACUAAAUCAAUAACGACACAACCAAUGAGUUUUUCAAAUCAUGCAUGACAGUAAUGCAUAUGCUGCUGUAAGGUGAACUAUCACUGCGCCUAAGGCUGCUCCCCAAGACUGUGUGAUAAGGUGCAAAUGUAAUAAUCGGUGUGUGAGUUUGCUCUUUGGGGACACAGACAAGAACACUCCACAAUGGGUGCUGAUUAUAGUUUUCCUAGUAGUGCUAUGUAGAGUCGCUCCACCUCCGUCGUGAUCACGUGAUGCGGGUGAAACACAGGCCAAGGGGGGUAGGAGGGCAACUUGAAUCUCCUCAACUUUCAAGGAGCAGAGUGCAAGAUAAGUACCAAAGAGAGGAGGAAAUCACAACAGAGUUUUCUAAAAUAGUUUUUGCUGUUUUUGGAGGUUUUGUCCUUAAAAUAGAUCCUGGACAUGUGGGACAAAGAUCAUCCAGAGAAAGGCUCAAGUCAGGAGCCACGCAAACAUUUAUCUCAUUCCAUAGAGGAGAUUCUGAGGAAGCCCGCUGGUAUCAGAGGAGAAGCAAGAGCUCAUGGCACUUGGUCUGUUAUUAAGAACACCAGGAUAUCUAACCAUCAUUUACAUACAGAAAGUCCGCAAAUCAGACGCCUUGAAGAGGCUGCAAAGUCCAGUACAGACUGUGCAAGUGUGAGAAAAAAGAGGCAAACCAGGGUCACCUUUACACCAUUCCAGGUGCAGGAGCUGGAGAAUGCGUUCCUGCACACUCACUACCCUGACGUGAACACCAGAGAGCAGUUGGCCUCAUGUCUGCACCUCAGUGAAGGACGCAUACAGAUCUGGUUUCAGAACCGUCGAGCCAAAUGGAGGAAAAGUCAAACACUAAAGGAUAUUCGGCAAUCUAUUCAUCCCCAGCACUAUUAUGAGAAACCUCGGAUGGCGGCAGCGUGCUGGCUGCCAUGUUGCUCACACCAGUCGCUACAAUCAAGAUUGUUCCUCACAGCAAAGUUGCCCCCCACAUUUUGGACAUGUUACAGGAGUCUGUAUUUUGACCCUCUCGGGACCGACAGCCCGAAAGGGACCACUCCUCCUGUACACGAUGACACAAUCAGGUUGUGACGACAACAUCACGAUGGACUAAUACUAAUAUACUGUAUUGUUGUUUCUGCACUCCUGAUCAAAAUGGUAAAAAUGGUAAGAUGUUGGAUCUUAAGGAGGUUGGAGAAGGAAAAGGCAGCCCAGAUCAGGAUGGCGCCCCCUCAGGUGGGAUCUCCUUGUCAUGCCAGAUUGGAAGCCAUCCGGACCGCCGAGGUUCAAUUUUUCUCAUCAGAGAAUUACGUUUUCUUCCACCUUUAAAUGUCCUUUUUUUGGUGCAAAUUCCAAACAGGCAAUUUGUGGUCUUAAACUUCUGAUCUGCUGAUAAACAGCCCAUUUGAAUUUCAAUUGCAAACAUUUUUUGUAUCACUCCCAUUUAUCCUGAUUGCAUUUUAAAGCUUUACAACCUCCUUAACAUCCAACAGUGCAAAACGUACAUUUUUGCAAUUUCUUACAGUACAUCCAAUCUAUUGCACUACACAGUCAUCCAAAUAUCCAAAUGUUUUAUUCAUGAAAUGUGCAUUCUGAUUCCAAGAAUAUAUGCGUACGUUUCAAACCUGUUGUUUGUCUACACAACAAGCCCACCAAUGGCUUGCGCUUUGUGCUGUGGAAUUGUGCAGGAGAGAUUUUUAUUUUCAUGACACCACAUUUCUUUGUCAGAGAUAAGAUAAUGUACGCCUUCCUUCUUCAUCUGUUUGACUUUCUGACAACCUUUGCUUAUCUAAAUUUAAGCUUGUAAACUCAGGUUACUGGCAGGUCAGCAGGGGAAGCUGAGGAAACAUAAUAAGGAACCAACUC